ACUUCAUAGAAGCAUAGAUAGAAGGGCAUGAAGGGGUUCUCUUGUAACAUCAGGAAUCAGAAUGCAUCUUAAUCUUGUUUCGAUCAAUCAUCUUAUUUUUCUGUUCCUCUUGCGCUGUUCUGAUGGCCUAGAGUCAAUAGACGUACUUCAACCUAUCACUAAGAUAUCUCCUGCUAGGAGAGUGGGUACUACUGAUGACUCGUUUGGAUAUUCAGUCACUGUGCAUCAACUGUUUGAUAGUCCAUCUGGUAUGAGCAUGGAAGAUAUACUUAACCAAACUCUUAUAAUGGUUGGUGCUCCUCAUGGUGCUUACCCAGGUGGUCUAGAAUAUACUGAAGUACCACCAACUAACUUAUCAUGUCGUCAGUUUUAUUCAUCCAACUCACUUCCUACCAACAUGGAGGACAUACUUGCUUGUUAUAAUCAAACUGGUAUGAAUUAUAGGACAGGACUGGUGUAUCAGUGUUCACUAUCCUCUGGGUCUUGUACUGCUCCUCUUGGUAAUGGAGACCCUGAAGCACCUGAUGGACAACUGUUUGAUAGAGUUGGGGAUAUUGAUGCAUUUUAUAAUGUGGUCAGUGAUAUUUAUUAUGACAUAUUUUUUAUACAAAACAAGGAAGGACAGCAGAUGGGAGCUACAGUUUAUAGUGAAGACGGAUAUUUUAUACACCACGGCCACAUAGCCUCAAGCAUAGGCUGCAUAGCCCCUAAUAAUGGCUGCCCAAGCCCACACUUUGUCUCCAGUAUGGCUACCUAG